AGCCCGGCUCCUACCAAUCGCAAAUCACUUCCUAACCUCCGCCUUUUUAACAUAUUUGAUCACUUUGAUUCUCUACUCCUUUUUCCUAUUAUUUUUCAGUCCACGGAGGAGGUUUGUAGGCUGUGAUCUCUGUUUUUUGUUUUUUUGUUUUUUAGUGUUUUCGCUUUUUUGGGGGGGGAGAGAGUUGUCUUCAUAUUCUAAGCUCUCAAAACAUUGGCUUCAGCUGUGCGCUUGCUGGCGCUACCUCAUAGGAAGAAAAGGAAGAAGACGCAUUUUUUUUUACCCAGUUGGUGAUUUUUCUUCAAGACUUGUGCUGGAACUUGAUAGUAGCUGCUACGAGUGUGCUCACCAAUUGUUUUAUGCUGCUGCAGGCACGGUCUUACCCAACCUGCUCCAUCGUUCACUGAAUAGUCCAUGCUACCUCGGUUGAUUAUUUUAAUAUUUAGUCUGUCUUUCCCAUUGAUGGGUGUACUGGAUGGCUGACUGUAAGCGCCCCUGGACUUGGCCUUUAAGCGCAAGGCAGCGACUCAGCUCGCCAUCGCAUCAGUUUUGAAAACGUGCUUCGCGACGCCUCCAACAGCAAUAAAUCGACAGUUUUCAGGAGAUUCAACGAGUGGAUUCAACGUAGGCUAGAUUUGACGUUUUGUGUGUCCGGCUGUUAAUCACAGUUUACCGCGUUUCCUUGAGACAUUAUUCACCGCGAGACCAAAACGGCAGACAAAAAGUUUCUUUACGUUGACUGAUAGAUAUGGCAAUGGUAGUGUGGAGAGGCUCCCAGGACGAUGUGGCUGACACCCAAGGCACCCUUUCCUCGCAAACCCAAGGAGGACUAUCCCUUCCCACCCCUCAACCAGGCCAGUUGAAUCUGACAGCCUCUCAGGUCGCCCCUCCGACCCCUCAGACUCCGGUCCAGGGACCCCCGAACAACACACAGUCCACGCCGACGAACCAGACGACGCAGCAGUCGGAGAAGCAGCCACAGCACAUUGAAUGUGUGGUGUGUGGGGAUAAAUCGAGUGGCAAACACUAUGGCCAGUUUACUUGCGAGGGGUGCAAAAGCUUCUUCAAACGGAGCGUAAGACGGAACCUCACUUACACAUGCCGUGCCAACAGGAAUUGUCCAAUCGACCAACACCACCGCAAUCAGUGUCAGUACUGCCGCCUCAAAAAAUGCCUUAAAGUCGGCAUGAGACGGGAAGUUUCUCUUUUUACUGCAGCCGUGCAAAGGGGACGGGUGCCACCCACACAGCCACACCACGGCCAGUUCGCCUUGACAAAUGGAGACCCACUGCACUGCCAUUCCUACUUAUCCGGAUAUAUCUCUCUUCUGUUGAGAGCGGAGCCCUACCCGACGUCCCGGUAUGGCAGUCAGUGCAUGCAGCCCAACAACAUAAUGGGCAUCGAGAACAUUUGUGAACUAGCAGCCAGGAUGCUCUUCAGCGCCGUGGAGUGGGCCAGGAAUAUUCCCUUCUUUCCAGAUCUUCAGAUCACCGACCAGGUGGCUCUGCUGAGGUUGACGUGGAGUGAGUUAUUUGUGCUCAACGCCGCGCAGUGCUCCAUGCCCCUGCAUGUGGCUCCCCUCCUGGCGGCGGCUGGCCUUCAUGCCUCCCCUAUGUCUGCGGACAGAGUGGUAGCCUUUAUGGACCACAUUAGGAUCUUCCAAGAACAAGUGGAAAAGCUCAAAGCUUUGCACGUUGACUCUGCUGAAUAUAGCUGCUUAAAGGCUAUUGUGCUCUUCACCACAGAUGCUUGUGGCCUCUCAGAUGUGGCCCAUGUGGAAAGUUUGCAGGAGAAGUCCCAGUGCGCCCUGGAGGAAUAUGUCCGGAGCCAGUAUCCCAACCAGCCAACACGGUUUGGGAAGUUGUUGCUCCGCUUGCCUUCCCUUCGCACAGUCUCUUCCUCGGUCAUAGAACAAUUAUUUUUCGUCCGAUUGGUAGGUAAAACCCCAAUUGAAACUCUCAUCAGGGAUAUGUUGCUUUCGGGGAGCAGUUUUAACUGGCCUUACAUGUCAAUUCAGUAAACCAAGAAGGAGACGAACAAACAAAAGGUGGGGUAGGGGGGGCUGCGAGACUUCAAUGAUUAUAGCUGCUUUUGUGGAAGGAAUAAAAAAACCAACCGGCUGUUACACGGGGCUGGCUUUCAUGAAGAAAGACAUUGACGUAAAUGACUGUGAAUCCCCCCCCCCCCCCCCCCCCCCCCCCCCACACUCCAAAAAAAUUGAGACAUCCACUGAACUUUCAAAAUGGCAGAUACAAGCUCCCAGUGUUCAUGCAGAACAACCUGCUUCGAUUCAUUUUUUUAAUGAAAGAAGAAAAAGAGGAAAAAAAGGACAAGGGAUUUUGUUGAUCCUUAUAAGGAAAAUUUAAGUAUUAAGUGCAUUUAAAAGUGAUAAUUUGGGUUAAAAAAACUGGCGGAAGGGAAAAUACGAAACGUGAAUUUUUCUUUUCUCAAAUGACUUGUCCUGUGUCCAUGUAUAGCUGUGUUUUGUACUUUCUUUGUUCCUCCUUUCUGGUUCCAAACCGGCCUAUGUGAUUUCUGUAGUACAGGUGUUGUUAUUUUCUAAGACAAUGAUUUAUUUUGAAAAGGUGAAAUAAUGUUUUAAAAAAAAAAGUUCUAAAAAGAAUUAAAACCACAGCAAUAGGAGUAUAGGCUUAUAAUCUAGGCUUAAUGCUGCAAGCGCACUUAUAUUCGUAGGAUGACCAAUACCAUCUGGGAAAAAGGGAGUUCUUUCUUUUUUUUUUUUUUUUUCUUUUUUGGAGUUCAUGUUCAACUUUAUGACCCAAUGGAAACAUUUCGCUCUAUACUAAUAUGAAGUUACAGGAUCCACUUUGUUUUCCAAAAUUAUUAAUAUUAUACGUCUUCCCCAUUUCAUCCAGCUCUGAAUAUUUGGCAUCAGUUCCCCAAUUGGAUACAAAAAAAAAAAAAAUAAAAAAAUACUACAAGUUGCCUAGACCUGCUGUUAUAAAGGUGUUUGUGACAGGUUGCUCUGAAUGCGUUAUAUGUGCAUUUAAGGGCGUUCGCAGUGGCUCAUACUACACUGAAAACAUAACUGAUUUGUUUUGGGGGGAAAAAUAGACAGGUCAAGGGGUCUUAAAAGUUUGAAGCCUAGCCAGAGUAGUGUUUAAUAGCAGUAUUAUUAAAGCGUCCCUGAAAUGUCACCCUUUAUUCACUUCAAGCAUUAAGUGCCUGACAAGCAUGAUGUGAUUUCUUAUAAAAACGUUGUUAAAGUAGGCCUACAGCAUUUUGGGGGGAACACAAUUGGAUUUGAAACUUCAGUCGUGUGUUUUACUUGAAAAACACUGAUUAGAGGCAGUAUUCUUGUAAAUAUAGGUCAAUUCAUUUCAACGAGUUUUUUCCUUUAUACAAAGUAUAUGUGAUUAAGAAAAAUCUGUGGUUGCCAUUUUUUUUCUCGGUAAUACAACGUCUUCAAAAUUGAGUGGCAGACUUAGCUAGUAGCACUGAAAGUUAUGUUUUUAAUGUAUAUACAUAUUACUACAAAUGUUUUCUUUUUCAUGUAUAUUUAGACUGUGAAUGCAUGGCCACAGGUCGCUAACCUAUUUUACCUUUGAUAUAUAAAUGUAAAUGUUUUCUCUCUCUCUCUCUCUUUUUUGACUGUAUAGAUAUAAUCUGUGCAUUCAGUACACUAGCCCUUGUAUUUAAAGAAACAAAAAAGAAAAAGAAACGACGUUCAUUAUUAGGCUACAGACUUAAACAGGGUGAGCAGGUUUUGGAAAAGGAGUUGAUAUUUUAACUUUAGUGUUAUUGCUCCUUUGGUCUUUGACAGGUGCCGUGGUGUGCGUGAGCGUGUGCGCGCGCGUGUGUCAGAAUGUGUGUGCGCGUGCGUGCGUGUGUGUGUGUGUAUUUGGAAGCUAGCAAUUUUGUCCUUGUUUUGAGGCUUUUCUUCACCACACACAAAAACACCAGGUUGUGGUUGAAUUAAAAGGGAUCACUGAUUGAACACUGAUCUUUGGCUGUUCGUAGCCACAUAUGGACCAGAGAAUGAUACAUGAUUGUAAUUAUGAACAGUUUAAACUGACCCACGUUUUUAUAUAAAUAUAUAAAAAUAUAUGACUGCAGGGUAUUGAUAACGUAUAGAUACUUUUUUUAUGAUUAUGAUUAUUAAUUGCAAGUGAUAUAUGUGAGUGUGUGUGAAAGUUUAUAGUUGAACACAAUUCUUGUUUGUUUGUGUUAGCUUAUUGUAAACAAGCAUUCUGCUGUAAAUUUGUUCUUGGUAUUAAAUUAUAAUUUAUGAAUUUGAAAACA